AUGUCAGGCGCAGGCGCGAUGGACACGCUGUCCACGCUGCUGUCCUUUCCCUCCGCCCCGCCGUUCAUCUACCUGCACCACCCUCACCAUCCUACGACCGCGAUCAAGCCGCAGCUUCCGGAACGCUGCAGCGUUGCGCGACUCGAUGCGAUCGAGCACCACAGUGCAAAGCUGUUUUACGCUGGCGCUCUCGCCAAGGUGUCUGCUGCUUUGGCCGUUACGCGCAAGACGGGCAUCCGGCACGACCCUGGAGGCGACGGGCGCGAGGUGUUGAUGUGGGAUGCGUUCGCGAAGGGCCUGCGCUCUCUCUGGGCCAAGCACGCAGGAAAGGGCAAGUCCCCGUCAAAGGGGGACGAGGAUGAGGGCCAGGUGGUGCUGAUCAUUACAAAGGCAGAGAGACUUAGAGGUGUCCUCGGGCCUGGAUGGACAGCGCUGACAAGAGUGAACGAGCUGAUGCCGUGGGACGAGCUGCGUCCUCCGCGCGCAGAUGCACCCGAGCCAGUGCACAUCUACUACGAGCCGAUGCAGCGCGCCGAAGUCGUGCGCCUGCUGAACCAGUCCAGCACGCACCCGCUGUAUCCGCACUUCAUCGACCUGUUGCUCGCAGCAAUGGGGAACCUGGCACCGCACUCGCCCCCAAGUGACUACGACUACGUCGCCAGUGCCCUCUGGCCACUGUACACGGCGACGCUGCCGCCGCACGCCGAGAUGAACCUCCUCGGCAAGGAGUACCCCGAGGGCGAGACGCCGCCCCCGCUCGUGAUCAACAACAAGCUUCUGACGGACCUGAAGCACCAGCUGUCGCUUCCGCUUGCGGCCGCCAUCGAGAACGUCCUCCCGCGCGCGGUGGGACGGCAACAGUUCAUCGAUGCACUCAUGCCCGUCGAUGCCGCCGGGAAUCCGCGCCCGAUAGCCCAGCGGAGCAUCCCCCGCCCGCCGGGACUGGAGCUGCCGAUCGCCGCUCGUUUCCUCGUCCUCGCGGCUUACUGCGCGAGCUACAACCCGGCGAAGAGCGACCUGCGUCUUUUCGGUCGCGGAACAGGACCAGACGGCAAGCGGAAGCGCGGCGGCGGCACGCGGCGUGCAGGAUACGGUCGCACACGGGUCGGCAAGGUCCCGCAGCGCCUGCUGGGCCCGAAGGCAUUCCCGCUCGACAGGCUGCUGGCAAUGUUCGCAUCUCUGUACGCGGAACACGGGCCGCGGCCGCCCGAGCUGGAGCUCGACACGCUGGAUGAGAGCGACGGGGAGGACACGCCGCAACGCCCGCGCGACGAUGGCAACGUCUUCGCCGCCGGCCACUACGUCACAGCCGCCGAGGCGGAGCGGAAGGCGAGGCGGAAGAGGGACCGCGAGAUCGAGCUCGAGGAGGACUGGGAGGACUACGUCGAUCACCUCACCUUCAGCGUGAAGCUAUGGCAGCUCAUCCCCGAGCUUGAGGGUAUGGGGCUGCUGAAACGUACCUCGCCGGUGGACAGGCUCGACAACGUCAUGCUUCGUUGCGAGGUCGACUAUGAUACCGCCAGAGACCUCGCGCAGGGACUCAAGGUUACGCUCGACGAGUAUCUGUACGAGGCGGCCAUGUAG